AUGGCUCCCCUCCUGGAUAUCAAUUCCGACCCGCCCUUCUCGAGCGGAUUUCUCGACAUGAAGCAAGCAGCGGCCGCUAUCAAUGAAGUGCAAGUAGCCGAUGGCGUCCCCGACACGCCCGUCAAGCGCCCAACAAACGGAAAGUCUGAACCACUCACCACGAAGGAGACUCCGUACGUUGUAAGGGAGGUGCCCAUGGGCACGAGGAAGCUCGUCCGCGUCGUGUGCCUCGGAGCAGGCUACUCGGGGGUCGUGAUGAGUAUUGUCUAUGCGCAGCGGAUGACCGACAUGAACGUGGAGUUCUGCAUAUACGAGAGGAAUGCCGACAUAGGCGGGACGUGGCUGGAGAACAGGCAUGUCUUUCUCCUGCCAGAAUUCCUACCCACCUACAUUUCACUAUGCAUCGCCAGGUACCCGGGCUGCCAAUGUGACAUUCCCGCGCACAACUACUCCUACUCCUUCGAGCCCAACCCCAACUGGCCCGGCUACUAUGCUAGCUCACGGGAGAUCCACGACUAUAUGAAGCAGGUCAUCAAGAAGUACGACGUGGGGAAGUACAUGCACACCUCGCACGAGAUCUUGAGUGCGGUCUGGAAUGCGGACCGGGGGCGCUGGAAUCUCCGGGUGAGGAAGCCCAGCGGCGAGGAAUUCGAUGAUCACUGCGAGAUAUUCAUCAACGCAGGGGGCUUGCUCAACAAUUGGAAGUGGCCCAACAUUCCCGGCAUUGCCGACUAUGAAGGAAAACUGAUGCACUCGGCCGGCUGGGACGAGUCGUACGACCUCACGGGCAAGCGCGUCGCCGUCAUUGGCAUCGGGUCGUCGGGGAUACAGAUCGUGCCGCAGAUCGUCAAAGUCGUGGACAAACUGACCAGCUUCAUCCGCUCCAAGACCUGGAUCUCGCCCGGUCCAGGGAUCAACGAGCCCGUCGACGGCGACCCCGAGAUGGACGAACACUACCGGUACACGGCAGACGAAAUUGCACGGUUCAACAACGACCCGGAAUACCUGCUACAUCACCGGCGCAGUCUGGCGGACCGCCGCGCGCAGAUCUUCGACCGCGCGAUCAAGACCAGCGACCUGCAGGCCAAGGCGCAGGUGGUGUUCGCGGCGACGAUGAAGGAGCGACUCGGGGAGACUGAGCAGGGCCGGCGCAUCGCCGACAUGCUGAUUCCGGACUUCCCCAUCGGGUGCCGGCGCCAGACGCCCGGCAUCGGGUUCCUCGAGAGCCUCGUGCGGCCCAACGUCGAGGUGAUUCAGGACGGCAUCGUCCGCGCCACCAAGGGCGGGAUUCUGUGCAAGGACGGCCAGGAGAGGCUACUCGACGCCAUCAUCUGCGCCACAGGGUUUGACACCACGUUCAAACCGCGCAUUCCCAUCGUUGGCCUGGACGGCGUCGAUCUGCGCCAGAAGUGGGAGGACGAAGAGCCCGAGGCGUACUUUGGCAUCGCGGUGCCGGGGUUUCCCAACUAUUUCUCCUUCCUCGGCCCCAACAGCCCCAUCUCCAACGGCACGCUCGUGGGCGGCCUGCAAACGACCGCGGCGUACAUUUACAAAGCGAUCAACAAGCUCCAGACCCAGAGCAUCCGGUGCAUGACAAUCAAGCCAGACGUGGUGCGCGAGUUCAACGAGCACUCGCAGACCUGGCUGCAGCGCAGCGUGUGGACGGCCCCCUGCGCCAGCUGGUACAAGCGCGGGACCACGGACGGGCGCGUCGUCGCCAUCUACGCCGGCACCAGCUCGCAUUUCAUGGAGGCGCUGCGGGAGCCGCGCUGGGAGGACUACGAGUAUGAGUAUGACUACGAGUACGGGGACGGGGACGGUGGUGAUGAUGCCAGUGGCGGUGGUGGUGGGUUUGGGUCUAGAAGGAGGAGGAGGACCAAUCGGUUUGCGUACUUGGGCAAUGGGCAUACCGUGGCCGAGGGCCGUGGGGAGAAUAUGGCCAUGAUGCAGACGUUGGAUUUUGAUCAGUUCUGGGAGCUGGUGGCGUAG